UAUCUAAAAUAGGUUAAUUAAGGAAAAGUGUAAUCCAGUUUUAGUAUACUAUGUUCUGUGUACUUUUACCUGCGAGUAACCAAUAAUUUUAAUUGUUUUGCAUUCCCUAAUAAUUGUCAUGACAAACAGAGAUAUGGCAGAAACGCCAAACUUGAGAUGGAAGAGCACGACUCGGGAUUCGGGACCAUUAGAUUCAUAAUCAUUGAUGGUUUUAAGCAGGAGAGACAACGAGGAAGCCAAACAAGACCUAAGCUUGAAGAUUGUUGAGAAGGCACUGUUAGUGAAAGCGGCGAUGUUAAAUUCAAGGAAUCGAUUCCGUUUCAGUCGAUCGAGGCGUCGUCUCUGCUGUAGAUUUGGCGUCCUCGUCUUCUCAUGGGGGAUCCAUUGUAGCUGGUACCAGUGGCGGCGAAGAGGCGGCUUUGGAUUUGGAAAGUAAGAAGAUUGUUAAAAGGAAACAGAAGAAAACGAAAAUUGAAAAGAUCACCAUUACAGAGAAUGGAGAAAAAGCUGAGAUGAUAGAGAAAGUUCAGAAAGUUGAGGAGGCUAUGAUGGCUAAGGCAACAGAAGCUAUCGAAUCUCUUGACCCAAAUACUUGGGGUUCGAGGUACUUUCAUCCUCCAGACGGUGGUUGGGAAACAUGCUAUAAUUGUGGUGAAGAAGGGCAUAUAGCAGUGAACUGUAAAUCCGCUUCGACGUGGAAGAAACCAUGCUUUGUGUGUGGGAGUUUGGAUCAUGGUGCUAGACAGUGCUCAAAGAAUUGCUUCAUCUGCAAAAAAUGUGGUCACCACCACGUCAAAGGUUGUCCAGACAAAUACAAGAGUAGCUCUAACCCUGGUAAUAUUUGUUUAAGAUGUGGAGUUUCUGGGUAUGACAUGUUUUCAUGCAGGAAUGACUAUUCUCAGGAUGAUAUCAAGGUUUCUUCAUGUUCCCUAGUAUUCUUAAUUAUUGUCUUUUCCAUUGCUUUUGCUUUAAGCUCUUUUAUGGUUUUUGUUCUCUUAACUGUAUUACUUAUGUUUUUCCUCCCAAAUCAGGAAAUACAGUGUUAUAUCUGCAAGAGUUUUGGCCAUAUAUGUUGUAUUAACUUUGUUGAUACCAGUCCAAGGGAAGUUUCUUGUUACAGAUGUGGCCAACUUGGUCAUACUGGUUUGAAUAGCAUUUUUAUGCAGUCAUAUGGUGGGUCACUUGGAGAAACUAAGGAAACCACUGACAAUCGGUCACCUAGCUUGUGCUACAAGUGUGGUGAAGGAGGGCACUUUGCACAUGAAUGCACUACUGGUACUGCAUCAUCUAGUUUAUACUACAAGUGUGGAGGAGGACACUUUGCACGACAAUGCACCACUGGUGCAGCAUCUAGCUUAUGCUACAAGUGUGGAGAAGGAGAACACUCUAUUCAUGAAUGCAGUUCUGCUAUGAACAAUAGUUCCGCUUGAUAUAUUAUCAACAAACACUAUGUCAUUGCAAAACAGGUUGGUAAAAGAAAUCGUGAGUCAUCUACUCCAAAUCUAAGAUCUCGUUUAGAAAAUAAAGAUCUCUUGGGAUACAAGUCUGUACCUCAUGAUAAUGGCAAGAGCCGCUGCAAAAGGAGAAAAAAUCCAGUUUGAAGAAAAAGGCUUCAAUACACCACGAAAAGAAAAGAAAAGAGGUGGUUGGAUUGCAGAGGAUCCUGGUGAUUAUCUCCUAUAGGAAGUCCACAAGGAACCAUUGGAAUUCUCCCUCGACACCAUCUAAUCAGGGACGUUACAAUUGGUCAUAUAUUAGGUUCUCAAUCGUCAAAACCAAAGAAUUCAUAGAUUCUCUGCAUCAAGAUUCAGCAAUUUAGGCAAUGAUGAACCGAGGAGGACUUACAAUUGGUGGUAGGAUAUCAUUUCUGUCUUUGUUUCUCUCUUCUUUCUGCUCACGUGGCUUCAUUUAGAUAUGAUAGAAUCACAUGCAAUACUUUUGGACAUAAAAAUAGAUCACAUUUUCUUGCUCAGUUUUUAACAGGAGUAAA